AUGCCCUCCCCUGCCCUCCCUGUCGAGCGAUGUGAGGACAUCAUCGACGCCCUCGCCGCCGCACACGAAUUCGAAUCCGUCGCCGUCUGCGCAAGGGUCUGCACGCAGUGGCUCCCCCGGAGCCGCCUCAACAUCUGGCGCGAGCUGUACCUGAACACGAUCGACCAGCUCGCCUCGGUCCGUUACGCCCUCGAACACACACCCCAGCUUCGCGGGAUCGUCCACUCAGUCCACCUCCAUCUAUUGCCCGGCCAACGGCAAGACCCUGCCCUGUUCAACAGCGCGCCGGUGGUCCUCCUGCCGUACCUGCGCCAUGUGGAAGUCUGGAGACUCGAGGCCUUCUGGGCCCCUUUCAAUAUGCCCAGGUUUCGAUCGUUCUCGCGCUUUUCUAUGGCCUGCUUUAGGCAGUACCCGUCCAUAAAGACUUUGGAUAUCAAGAAGGUGCUCCGGUUGGCCUCUGUCACGCACGAUCGUGAUGCAGAGGAGCACGCCCUGUUGAGUUCACGCAGGAGCAUCGCGUCUCUUCGGGAGCUCAAGGCGAACCCACCUGUCAAAAGGUUGUACGGACACAUUGAUAACGUGGAAAGACUUAUUCUCUCCCCCUCGGGAGCGUGGGCCGCAAGUGUUGGCAUAUGCAUUUCCUCUGGCUGGAUGUUCAACUGUAUCAUCUGGAACACCGAGUCAGAAAAGCCGGUACUCGAGCGGUGGUACGACACCUACGGUGUUAAAUUGUUCUUGGUCUCGUUCGGACCUACAGAGGCGCUGUGCGCGUGGAGGCGCCCAUCCCACGGAGUAGAUAUCUUCAGGCUCCCUUCACAAAGCGAGGUGGCGGAGGGACAAAGAGUGCGCAAGGUCGGGUGCUUCAAGGUUGAUGACGACCACGACCGCCGUGAUCACGUUUGGCGGCCGGACGGGACGCAGCUGGUGGUGUUGACGCUGUUCGGGAGCCUUGAGGUCUGGGAUGCAAUCACCCUCACCCUCGUCCAGUCAUUUCCCAGUCCGACCCACAUUUUACCUCGGGUGGGGGACUUCGACAUCGACUUCGAGGACGACCCGUCGUCCAUUCAAAUCUCCAACGACGGCCGCUUCGUCCUGCACGUCUGCAAGUUUACUUCGAAGGCUGGCACACGACAGCGGUGCAUCCUCGUCCACGACCUCGUCACCGGGGCCUGCCAUUCUCCAUUCCCCUCCCCAGACGCCCCCACCCCGUUCUGCUUCGAACCCGUCAUCCAAGCCGUCCUGCGGAGAGAUCCGGCUCGGCCACACGUUCAGCAAGUGGUCGUCGUUCGGGACGACGCCCCCAUCGUCAUGCUCGCCGACGUCGGCACCGAGUCUUCCCUCGGAGGCCCGGUGUCAUUGACCCUCGACAUCGAGCCGACACAACUGAGCCGCGGGCUCCUCUUCCAUGUCUCGGCCAACGGCCACCGCGUCCUCCACACGCACGGCACCGCAGUCAGCACGACGUACUCGGUGUUCGACGUCGGGACCGGGCGCACGGUCGCCUCCGUCUCGUUCAAAAACGCUCUCCAGGGCGACCGCCACGGGGUGCUGUCCCCCGACGGCAGACAUGGAGUGCUGUUGACGUUGUCUUACGGGAGCCAUAAGAUGUGGCUGUGGAACGUCGAUGAAGGGACUCUGCAUCGGAUCCAGGGGACGAUGGGCUGCCGGGAGUGGGCAGUCGCUGAGUUCUCCGGGGAUGGCGCGAUGCUGGGGCUGGGGUAUUCGGACGGGACUGUUUCGUUCCAUAAAGUUCAGGACAUAGUUCGCGGACAGGCAUAG